UGAAGGUUUUUUACCUUCAUACAUUCUAUGCAUGAAGGUAAAAAACCUUCUGUGUGUAGAAUUCUCACCAGCCCUCUCAAUACUUACCUGAGCCCCAUCGAGAUCUAGCGCUGUCACGGGUCUCUGCCUCUUCAUUGAGAAGUAGGAGCCAUUUUCUCCCGCUGCUGUCAAUCAAAGCCAGUCAGCCAUUGAGGGGAUAGGGGGCGGGGCCAAGCCGCAGCUCCAUGUGUGAAUGGACACACGGAGCAGCAGGUGCCCCCAUAGCAAGCUGCUUGCCGUGAGGGCACCCAACAGAAAGGAGGAUCCAGAAGAGCCUGCGGUGGACCGGAGAAGAGGAAGAUCCAGGCUGCUCUGUGCAAAACAACUGCACACAGCAGGUAAGUAUAGACAU